UUUAAAAAUAUUGACCAGGAUAGGGCUAAGAACAGAGUCCUAGAGAACGCAUGUAGCUAUUAUUCACUACUUUUUAGGAAGCUUCAGACUUAGUGCCCAACCUCAACUUUCUCCUCCUUCCUUGGUAAUUCCAUGGUGCCCCUUCUCUGCUGCUUCAACAUUUUUUUGCACACCCACCAUGUUGCUUCAGUCCUUCUUCCCAUCCCAAUCUAGGAUCUACACAGGACACGGAGGUUGAGGGCAUCAUAAAUGCCAGAAGCAGUGGGUGCUAUGGAGGGACUCUACAAAGAAAAGUUUGAGUCAGCCAUGGGAAUGACCCUGGCAGAUGGACUGUGGUCAAGGGGUACAAGAAAAGAAAUUAAAAGAAGCCAAGGCAGAGCCAAGGAUGGGGGAUAGUGAAGGCACUCCAGUGCCUGAGGGAAACCUUCAAAGAGAUGACUGUGAGUGGUUAGUCACCCCCUCCGCCUUCCCCUAGCCUGGAAGUCUGAGUUGUCCCAAGGAGUACUCAGUACUCUCUGGGUGGAAAAAGGAGUUCACCCCAACAACCUUCCUUGCCAUUCUUCUGUUCCCUUCCCUUUCCUUUCUCUUCAAAGUGGUUUCCCUUGGGAAUUUGCAUCUGUUCCCUCUGUACUUGAUUGCCAGCCUGUGGGCAAGUCAGUAUUUGCAUGUACACUUCCUCAUCCUGUGGCUGGAGGUGGGGGACCAGACUUUAGAGCCCCUUCCUUUUCAGUGUGAGGGACCAGGCCUACUUCUGGAGUAGAGUCCUCUUGGCUUGGUAGUAGGGUUGGGGGUUGGGGACUGGAGAAAAAACCUUUGGGUCCUUAGGUCAGUGGUCACUGAAGCCUUGGCCUCUAUAUGAGCAUUGAAAAGAUUAAGUUCUUUUUCUGAAGACUGUCUGUCCUACCCUCCCCCUCCUACCUCAUCAUCCCUGCGGUUGGAAAAUCUCUACCCCCCCCCAACCCCCAGGCUGAAGAAACCUCACUUCUCACUCUCUCCCCAGAGGGAGCUUUUUGCUUUUUCCAUCACGUGUUUUCCUGUGGGGCUGGGCAGCCCUGGGGUUAACUGUUUCCUCUAGGGAACAGGUUGGUGGGGGGGGUGGAGUUGAGGAGAUGUUGGGGAAAGGUUCCAGUUCUGCUUUCUGUCCUGACCUCUCCACCCUGAAGCACCCAAUCUCUCCCUCUCUCCACUGUGAUGGGAUCUUGGGGUCCUCCACAUUAUCCCCUCAGUUCUCGGCUGUCCCCCGGGGCUAUCUCCCAGGACUUUCUUCCUCAUGUGACUUCCUGUCUUUCCUAAUCUUUGUUUAUUUGACAGAGAUUACUAUGAGUUUGGCAUACAGAAAAUGCUUAAUAAUAAACAUUUGUUAAGUUGUUGAAUCUACUAUUUCUGCCUACAGCUUCACUGCUCCAUCUUUCUUCACCUCAUGUUACCCUGCUUCCCAUCAUCUUCCUAUCUCAGCCUGAGGGUCCUCGUCUCUGUUUCCAGAUCUGAUGUUUCGUCUGUCUCUGAGUUUCUCCUUUGUCUCUCUUAGUCUUGCCCAGUCUCUGUCUUCUUAACGCUUUUCCUUUCUCUGGGUCUGUUUCCCCCUUUUCUGAUCUCAUUUCUCCCCCCAACUCUCUGCCGCCCUCGCUUAUUCUGUCCCAUCAGGUGGUACCACGGCCACAUGUCUGGGGCCCAGGCUGAGACGCUGCUUCAGGCCAAGGGUGAACCCUGGACGUUUCUGGUCCGUGAGAGCCUGAGCCAACCUGGUCAUUUUGUGCUGUCUGUACUCAGUGACCAGCCCAAGGCUGGACUGGGCUCCCCACUCAGGGUCACUCAUAUCAAAGUGAUGUGUGAGGCUAGCCGUUACACUGUGGGUGGCUCUGAGACCUUUGACAGCCUCACUGACCUGGUGGAACAUUUCAAGAAAACAGGAAUUGAGGAGGCCUCAGGUGCCUUUGUCUACCUGCGACAGCCAUAUUAUGCCACAAGAGUGAAUGCAGCUGACAUAGAAAACCGGGUCUUGGAAUUGAACAAGAAACAGCAGUCAGAGGAAACAUCCAAAGCUGGAUUCUGGGAGGAGUUUGAGGGUCUUCAGAAGCAGGAGGUUAAAAAUUUGUAUGAUCGGCAUGAGGGGCAGAGACCUGAGAAUAAGAGCAAGAACCGAUACAAGAACAUUCUCCCUUUUGAUCACACCAGGGUAAUCCUGCAAGGUCGAGACAGCAACAUCCCAGGGUCUGAUUACAUCAACGCCAAUUAUGUCAAGAACCAGCUGGUGAGUGCGGAUGAAAAUGCCAAGAUCUACAUCGCCAGCCAAGGCUGUUUGGAUGCCACAGUUAAUGACUUCUGGCAGAUGGUGUGGCAGGAAAACUCCCAAGUUAUUGUCAUGACUACCCGGGAGGUGGAGAAGGGUCGGAACAAGUGUGUCCCUUACUGGCCUGAAGUUGGGACGCAACGGUCAUACGGCCUAUACUCUGUUUUCAAUUGCAAGGAACACGACACCCCUGAGUAUAAGGUCCGGAGCCUGCAGGUCUCCCCACUGGACAAUGGAGACUUGGUGAGGAAGAUUUGGCACUACCAGUACCUGAGCUGGCCUGACCAUGGGGUGCCCAGUGAACCCGGAGGCGUCCUCAGCUUCCUGGACCAGAUCAACCAGCAACAGGAGAGGCUGCCCCAUGCAGGGCCUAUCAUAGUACACUGCAGUGCUGGCAUUGGACGAACUGGGACCAUCAUUGUUAUCGACAUGAUCAUGGAGGCCAUUUCCACGAAAGGUCUGGACUGUGACAUUGACAUCCAGAAAACCAUCCAGAUGGUUCGGGCCCAGCGUUCAGGGAUGGUACAGACAGAGGCCCAGUAUAAGUUCAUCUACAUGGCUAUUGCACAAUUCAUUGAGACCACCAAGAGGAAACUAGAUGUCUUGCAGUCUCAAAAAGGCCAGGUGGAGUCAGAGUACGGGAACAUUGGGUACCCUCCAGCCAUGAGGAAUGCCCAUGCCAAGGCCUCCCGGACCUCCUCAAAACCCCGGGAGGAUAUGUAUGAGAACCUGCAGGGCAAGACUAAGAAGGAGGAAAAGAUGAAGAAACAGCGGUCAGCUGAAAAGGAGAAGAGCAAAGGUUCUGUGAAGAAGAAAUGACCGCAUAGAGAUUCUAUGCCUGAUCCCAAACACCAGAAGACAUCUACUUCCAGUGACUUACGACACAACCUCUUCUCCCCCUCCUCCCAUUCCGGUAUUUAUUCCUUGGCCUCCCCCCUCCCUCCCUUUCAAUCAGCCCUUUUCUAAUUUAAUAGCUUUACCUCCACCCCCUUUGCCUACACUGGCCAUUGUACAUAGCCCAUGGAAGCUGAGGGGACCCCAGCUAUUCCCCAUCCUUGUAAAUAAAGCCCCCCAUAAUUUGG